AGCAGUUUUAGCUCAAUGCAGUACGGGAGCGUGAGAGGCAGUGUUCUGCUUCGGUGAUCUCUUCAAUCCAGGGCCUUCAUGCCCAUCAAAGGUGCUGCAGAGGUGUUGCGCCUCUCUGCCUGCCUCGCUGUCGCUGCUGCCACUGGCCUCGACCCUCUUCCACGACGCACCGCCAGUUUUCAUGGCGCCAAGGGGGAAGGCAGGGUUGCGCAGACUGAUUGCGGGGCUGUGGCGGGGGUGUGGGAUCCGAAAUUUCGAAGUUUCGCGUUCCGUGGCGUGCCCUAUGCCAUGCCCCCGCUCGGGCCGCGCCGGUGGCGCAGGAGCGAGCUGCUGAGCAGCGGCGGGGGCUGCUGGAAUGGUACGCUCGACACACGGUCGCGCACAGACGAGCUCAUGGAUUCGCAGUGCUGCGCGCAGAACCCUUCUAAGAGCAGGCAGGGGAUGAGAUGGGACGGUGUCGAGGAUUGCCUGACCCUUGACGUACGGAGCCCCAUGGAUACCAGCUCGGGCCUGCGUCCCGUGCUCGUUACCAUUCACGGAGGGGGCUUGAGGAAGGGUACGCCCUACAUCCCUUACGGGCUCAGGGACGAGGGUUUCGUUGUGGUGGGGGUCCGUUACCGCCUUCAUCCGAAGAAGAGAAAAUUUUCUUUCUUUCUCCAUCCAUGUUUUAGGAUUCCUGGCAGUGCGCGAAUUGUCAGAGCAUGAUCCCUUGAGUGUGAGUGGGAACUACGGCUUCUCCGAUCAGGUGACAGCAUUGCAGUGGGUUCAGCGGAAUGCGAAGGCUUUCGGUGGGGAUCCAACUCGAGUGACUCUCAUCGGUUGCUCCUCAGGUGGCUACAGCCUUUGGAAUCUCCUCGCCAGCUCGUGGCUUAUUCUCCCGAGCUAUCCCUCUGAGCGCUGCCUCCAGGAACAACAUGACACUGGACGAGGCGCAAAGGCAGAACUCUGUCUUCGUAGACUCAGUUUGUGGAAAAUCGUCUGCAGGGAUUUACUCGUGUCUCAAAGAGGCGAGCUUGGAACAAAUCAUGGUAGGGUUUAUGAGCUUGUCCGCCGCCGUGAGCUUUGAUCACCGAUUUGAUUUCGAAUUGCCGAGCCCGUCAGAGUACCAAGCAGGCGUGGCCAUUGUUGACGGUGUGGUCAUGGAGCGUGAUUUGCAGAAGGCGCUGAGCUCAAGUGAUUCUCACAGCCACGUGUCCCUGUUGUCUGGAAGUUGCAGCCAGGAGGGGUAUACGUCGUUGCUGAGCGCCGAGUCCACGGCGCACGACUAUGCUCGUGUGGUUCAGAGUUUUGUCCACAACUUGACAUCCGCACGUUGGCCCAAGGAUGUGGUAAGCCGCAUCCUUGAGCUCUAUCCUCCGACAUCGGCGGAGUUCUAUGGCCAACCCAAGGCCGCCAUGGACGCCAUGAUCGCAGACAUUCGCGUGGUGUGCGGGACAAUCUUCAACGCGGAGCGCUUCGUCCAUGGCCGAUUGCCUGGUGUGCCAGCGAGGGCCUUGGACCUCUGGCUGUACUACUCGGACAUGCGCGCAACUGGCGACAGGGAGAUGUUCCACUGCGACACCCUGGCAGCCCUCACCGACAUGGAAUGCGCAUCAUGCAAUCGAGAGAAGAAGGCAUUCUACGAAAACAUGGUCAAGGUCCAUAGCGAGUUCAUCAGGACGGGAAGUCCGCCGCACGGCUCCCUGCGCCGCUUCGCCGACGUAGCUGCGGGUGCAGAGGAGGACGACUACGUCUUGAACGUCAUCGCAGGAGACAUCACGUCGGCCCAGUCCACCCUGAAAGACCGGUGCAGCUUCUGGCGGAGCGCCGGCAUCUUGCAGUUCUACGCCUGGAACAACUAGACACGCUGCUGUAGAUCGCCCGAUGUGGCGCUCGCUUGAUUUGGCGCUCACUUCCCAGACCCCCGACGUCAUGACUUUUCCAUGACGCGACCCCCAGAGGUCUGGACCCCUUCCCCAGGACCGGCCUCGCAUCCCGAGCCGUUCUUUCACGGCCCCGAGGCCCGGCAAGGGCCCCCGGAGGCCGAAAGUAAAACCCCCCGUCGUGAUUUCUUCACCGCGCGAGGGGGUCUGAGUCUGCCUGCGCAUCCCUCCUGAAGUGGGCGCGCCAGCCCGCCCACCGCGGCGGAGGUGCUGCUCCUCCUCCCCCUCCCCCUCCUCCUCCUCCUCCUCCUCCUCCUCCUCCUCCUCCUCCUCUGGCGUGGGCCGCCCGCACCGGCGAGUCGUCCUUCUGGGCGCCUCCGCCUCGCUGGCCGGGCCUCCCGUGCGUGCCGCCCGCGCGACCGCGCGGGCGUGCGGCGCCGCCCCGCCUGGCCGAUCGUGCCAAAGCAUGUUGCCGGCCAGGCGCGGGUGCUUGCGUUGUUUUCGUCUCAGGGUACAGCGAAGCGCAG